AUUUUAUGUAUCUUUUACAUCCAUUGUCAACUUUUACAAAACUCUCCAUGUCUUUUUCUCCCCAUAUAUUGCAUCCCUUUUUCCGAAAUCAAGUGCCACAAAACAUCUCAUUCUCCAUGUGUUUUAAUUAAAACCUUUAUUAUCAAUUCUUCUAUUUUAUUAAAAGUUCCAAAGACUAUCGAUCAAGGAGAGAAAAUUGAAGAGAAAUGGACUCCAAACCGCUUAUCGGGUCUUCUCUUAUAAUCCAAAAGUCGAAAUACAGAUCUGAGUUUGAUCAUGUAACCGAGGUUUUCACAGAACUGAAGCAACAACUGAUGUUAGCAGGCCCUUUUAUUCUCGUUAGCUUUCUUCAGUACAGUUUUCUGCUAACAUCAAUCAUGUUCAUAGGCCAUCUUGGAGAGCUUGCUCUCUCCGGUGCGUCUAUGGCCACUUCUUUCGCCAGUGUCACGGGUUUCUCCUUCAUGAUGGGUAUGGGGAGCGCAUUGGAAACAUUCUGUGGAAAAGCUUAUGGUGCAAAACAGUAUCAUAUGCUUGGUGUACACUUGCAAAGAGCCAUGGCAAUACUGAUGCUGAUGGGUAUCCCGAUUUCUCUGAUUUGGGCAUCCACGGGGAAAAUCUUUACGUAUUUUGGACAAGAUUUGGAAAUCUCGGAACAAGCUGGGAAUUACGCACGUUGGUUGAUCCCCAGCAUCUUUCCGUACUGUCUUCUUCAAUGCCAGAUCAGAUUCUUGCAGACUCAAAACAACACGAAGCCAUUAAUGAUAAGCACAGGAUUUGCAAGCUUACUUCAUGUGUUAUGUUGUUGGAUCUUGGUUUCCAAAUGUGGGUUUGGUAGCUCGGGUGCUGCUCUCUCGGUUGCCAUCUCGUACUGGAUUAAUGUGCUGAUUCUGGGUCUUUAUAUCAAGUUUUCGCAUACCUGUGAAAGAACAUGGCUCGGGUUUUCGAUAGAUGGUGUUCGUGAUCUUGCUGGAUUUCUUGCUUUAGGAAUACCUUCAGCUCUCAUGGUUUGCUUGGAGUAUUGGUCGUAUGAGUUUCUUGUUUUACUCUCUGGAAUCCUUCCAAAUCCAAAGCUAGAAACAUCGAUGAUGUGUAUCAGUCUUAGUACAAUCUCAUUGGCCUACAGAAUCCCCUUCGGUUUAGGCAGUGCAGUCAGCACCAGGGUUUCAAAUGAACUUGGAGCAGGAAAACACGAAGCGGCAGAAUUAGCGGUAUGGGUUGGUUUAUCACUAGUUGUCACAGAAGUACUCUUGAUUGGAUUGCUUUUAGUGGUGGCUGGUGGCGUUUGGACUAAGUUGUACACCGAUGAAGCUGAAGUUGUGAGCUAUAUGUCGGUAGUUAUGCCGGUGCUCGCUGUAUCAAACGUCAUGGAUGGAAUCCAAGGUGUACUAUCAGGUGUUGCGAGAGGAUGUGGUUGGCAGAAGAUCUGCACGUUGGUGAAUUUAGGAGCUUAUUACCUCGUCGGCAUUCCUUUCGCCAUGGCUCUGACAUUUGUGUAUGGUUUGGGAGGGAAGGGUCUGUGGAUGGGGAUUAUUUGUGGGAGUGGUGUUCAAGCAGCGCUGCUUUUGAUAAUCACGGCUUGUACGAACUGGGAAAAAGAAGUAUGCAUGACUUAUGCGAAAAAAGCGAUGAAUGGGGUGUAUGAUGGCAACAUUCCAACGCGUUUGGUCUUAUGAGGUUGUAUUUGCAACAUACUUGGUCUCUAAUUGGUAGUUAUUUUAGGAUCUUGAUUGUAUCAUAGAAAAACCGAUGGGUAAAUGAGGAUUUCUAUUGAGUUAACGGAUUGUCACAUGUUAUAAGUUUAUAAGUUUAAAUGUAUUGAUAGCAUGUAUUUAAAGAAUUAUUUUUGGUUUGACGAUG